GUCCAUAUCGAGGGAUAAAUAAGAGCUUUUUCUGCUAUCUUUCUUCUCUAUAAUAUCUCUUUUUCUCUUUCUCUUUUUCUUUCUUUUUCUCGAAAAUUGUAUCGAUAAGAGGGUAGGGGUAAUCGUGAAUCUCAGGAAAGAAAAAAAAGAAAAAUUAAAGUUAAAGUUAAAAUUAAAAUAUAAAAUAAAAAAUAUAAAACAAGAUACAAGAGGGAGAGGGAAAAAAGUAAACGAGAAAGUAACAUGCGUGCGUGCGUGCGUGCGUGCGGUAGAAGUUGAAAGAAAAAAAAGCCCAAAAAAAAGAAAAAAGAAAGAAAAGAAGUGUCGCGAGAAGAAACGAUAGUUGAAGUUUAUUUAGCAAUCUGAGUGGCGGUUUAAACGGUCGGAAGGAAGGAAGGAAGGAAAGAAAGAGAGAGGGAAGGAAGGAAGGAAAGAAGGAAGGAAGGAAGGAAGGAAGGAAGGAAGGAACGAACGAACGAGCGAACGAACGAACGAAGGAAAGUAGGAAGAGAGGGCAAAUAAAGGAGAGUUAAAUAGAAAUCCUUUGGUGCCGAGGGCCAGGGGUCCGUGUGAUGCGCGCAUAUGUCUAGACUCGGAGUUACCCAGGUUCUGGGCACAGCACACCAGGUGAAGAGGACGUCCGCCGAGCAAACGGCGGUACUUAAUUUUGUUGCUGCUAAACGAAGCAAACUAUCUUCUAAGGUCUCACUUACGGAGAUUGACAAUAUCGAGAAGAUGACGGAUACGGCCGCGGCGACCACGGCCACGACCGAUACCACACAGAAAAGGGCCAAUUUUUCCGCAUUGACCGUUGCCAAUCCAAAUGGCGUAAGCAAAAUAUCACCGAGUUUGGCAACUGCUAAACCUGGUUCCGCGAGAAAACUUGUCAUCAAGAACUUCAAAAAUAAACCAAAAUUACCAGAAAAUUAUCAAGAACAAACAUGGGAAAAACUGCAAGAGGCUGUAAUCGCAAUACAAACGAGCAAAAGUAUUCGUUAUUCUUUAGAAGAACUUUACCAAGCUGUCGAGAAUAUGUGUAAUCAUAAAAUGGCAUCAACUCUAUACGCCAAUUUAACAAUAUUGACGGAAUCACAUGUAAAAGCUAAUAUCGAACAGUUUUUGGCAGAAUCUAUGGAUAGACAUAUAUUUUUGAAAAAAAUGAAUGAAUGUUGGCAAUCGCAUUGCAGACAAAUGAUUAUGAUAAGAAGUAUCUUUUUGUACCUGGAUAGAACAUACGUCUUACAAAAUCCAACAAUAUCUUCAAUUUGGGAUAUGGGAUUACAUUUGUUUAGAUUACAUAUAGUACUGAAUAAUUUGGUACAAACUCGUACAGUUGAAGGGUUACUUAUGCUAAUUGAAAAAGAACGACAAGGGGAUACAGUUGAUAGAACUCUUCUAAAAUCAUUAUUAAGGAUGUUGUCUGAUUUACAAAUUUAUCAAGAGGCCUUUGAAUCUAAGUUCCUGGUAGCAACUGAGAGAUUGUAUGCAGCAGAGGGCCAAAGAUUAAUGAAUGAGCACGACGUUCCUGAAUAUUUAGCACACGUAGACAAACGCCUGCAAGAAGAAAAUGAACGUUUAUUGCACUAUCUUGACACGUCGACAAACAUUCUACAAAAAGGUUUAAGCGGUUUAUUAGAUGAAAAUAGAAUUAGUGAUUUAUCAUUACUCUAUAAUUUAUAUAAUCGUGUAAAGAAUGGUCUCGUCGAACUUUGUCUCAACUUUAAUUGUUACAUUAAGAAAAAGGGUAAAACAAUAGUUAUAGAUCCAGAAAAAGAUAAGACUAUGGUACAGGAACUUUUAGAUUUUAAGGAUAAAAUGGACAAUAUCGUUAAUACGUGUUUUCAUAAAAAUGAAAAAUUUGCUAAUAGCUUAAAAGAAGCUUUCGAAGCUUUCAUCAAUCAAAGAGCAAACAAACCAGCAGAAUUGAUUGCUAAAUUUGUCGAUUGUAAGCUACGUGCAGGUAAUAAAGAAGCAACGGAAGAAGAAUUAGAACGAUUAUUAGAUAAAAUUAUGGUAUUGUUUCGUUUUAUUCACGGGAAGGACGUAUUUGAAGCAUUUUAUAAGAAAGAUUUAGCAAAACGUUUGCUAGUAGGCAAAUCUGCCUCGGUUGAUGCCGAAAAGUCCAUGUUAUCUAAAUUAAAACAAGAAUGUGGUGGAGGAUUUACUAGUAAAUUAGAAGGAAUGUUCAAGGAUAUGGAAUUGAGUAAAGAUAUUAAUAUUGCUUUCAAGCAGUAUGCUGGAAACUUGCAACAUGAAUUAUCCGCAAGUAAUUUAGAUUUAACAGUCUCGAUACUUACAAUGGGAUAUUGGCCAACAUAUCCUGUAAUGGAAGUUACAUUGCCAACAGAAAUGGUCCAGUAUCAAGAUGUAUUUAAUAAAUUUUAUUUAGGAAAACAUAGUGGAAGAAAGUUACAAUGGCAACCAACUUUGGGACAUUGCGUGUUAAAAGCUUGGUUUAAUCAGGGCAAUAAAGAAUUGCAAGUAUCAUUAUUUCAAGCCUUAGUCUUAAUAUUAUUUAACGAUGCUGAUAAUCUUUCAUUGGAAGAUAUUAAAGCAGCGACUAAUAUUGAAGAUGGCGAACUUAGAAGAACUUUACAAUCUUUGGCUUGUGGAAAGGCGAGAGUUUUACAGAAACACCCGCGUGGUAGAGACGUCGCUGACAAUGAUAGAUUUGUUUUUAAUGCAGAAUUUACGAAUAAGUUAUUCAGAAUUAAAAUAAAUCAAAUACAAAUGAAAGAAACGAAUGAAGAACAAAAAGCGACAGAAGAAAGAGUGUAUCAAGAUAGACAAUAUCAAAUAGAUGCAGCAAUUGUCAGGAUUAUGAAAAUGAGAAAAACACUUACGCACAAUCUCCUCAUUAGUGAAUUAUAUAAUCAAUUGAAGUUUCCUGUUAAGCCUGCUGACUUAAAGAAGCGGAUUGAGUCGCUCAUAGACAGGGAUUACAUGGAACGGGAUAAAGAUAAUGCAAAUCAGUACAAUUAUGUCGCGUAACCUGAAUCGAAUGCCAAAAUUAUGUUAGAUUGGUUCGAUUUUACAUUUUUUUAAGUAAAAUGAAUCAAUUAAUUUUGGCGCUUGCCUAUUGUGAAUGUGUAAAGUUGAAGAAAGAAAAGAAGAACUUUAACUGGUUAACUAUCAACAUAACGUUGCAGUAUACAAUCAGUUGAUAAAAAGAAAGAAAAAAAAGGAAAAACUAGAAUGGACUUUGUUGUUUUAUUUUUUUGUAGUAGUGCAUACGGACACUGGACAGUUACAGUAAUAUUUCAACAGUGCUUUACUGUUAUCCUUGUGUUAUUUCUAGAUUUUGCUAAAAAAAAAAAAAAAAAAAAAAAAAAAA